AUGGGUGUGGUGGUCUGUGAAACAGUGCGACCGGUGACAAGAAAGUCGUUGGUAAUUGUGAAGUUGGUGCUGCUUCUGGUCCGUGGCCUUCAUGACACCUGCCAUGCUUUGGAGGCACCCGAGAUGCACAAGAUGUACGUGGACUCCAACCUGAAACUGGGUGACGGUGUGGACCUAAUGUGCUCGCUAAAGAGAGGCUCAGCACCGGUGCACUUUAGCUGCCUACAGGGGAAGUCCAUUCUCGUGGUGCGCGAGAUCACGCGAGAUCACAUAGGCAAUUACACCUGCUCCGUCCGCAACCCGGCUGGCUCGGACAGCUACACCGUCAAGUUAUACGUGGACGUGAAACCAAUCUGGACCCAAGAGCCAACAGAUGCGUCAGCUUCAACUGGAUCUAAUGUUGUCAUUCACUGCAACGCUUUCGGUUAUCCCGUUCCAAGGGUCGAAUGGAGCAAGGAGAGGGAUGACAGAGACUUCGAGCUUGUCCGCAUGGGUGACAGAUUCAACAUGGCGCCAAACGGUAGUCUGCAGAUCCGCUCUGUGAAGGCUGAAGAUGCUGGCCACUACAGGUGUGACGUUAGUAACGGACUCGGCAGUGGUCUUUCCAAGAUCAUUAGCCUCGCCAUAAGCACGCCACCGAUUAUUCUGGAACGAAUAGAGGAGACAACUGUUCGGAGAAGUCACAGCGUUCGUUUGAAAUGUGAAGCAACGGGCGACCGUCCACUGACAGUUCACUGGUUUAAGGACCAGAGGCCAUACCAGGCAACCGUGCGGGAAGGGUUCGACAUCAUCGAAAGAAGUCUUCCCGGUGGCGUGAUUUCCGAGCUCCUCAUCCAGAACAGUUCGACUUCCGACACAGGCGCUUACGUGUGCAAAGUCUCCAAUAAGUUCGGCAACGUCACAUCUCUCACAAAGCUUUACGUUCUAGAGCCACCGUCACCGCCAGUCGGUAUCAAAGUAUUGGACGUCAGAAGCCGCACAGUCCGACUGAUGUGGCAAGCGCCUUACUCUGAGGUGUCCACAUUUCACGUACGCUUCUGGAAAGAGAACUCUCAAAGUAGGAAGCUGACACUGAUCACAGUGUCAGGAUCAGAGACCUCCGUCUACCUGAGCGACCUGCUUCCCGGCACAUCCUACGGUGGAUACCUGCUGUCCGAGAACAGGGUCGGAAUGAGCGCCCCAUCUGCGUCCCUUCAUUUCACUACGAGCGAGGAAGCUCCAACAGCACCUCCACUGGACAUCCGGGUCGUCGGGUUAGGCAGCACGCACGUCAAGAUCGAGUGGAAGGUGCCACCCAAAGAGCACCAGAAUGGAAAGAUACAGGGCUACUACGUUGGACACCGUGUGUACGACUCCCCUAUGCUACCCUACACGUACCAGACCGUGACGGGCGCUGGCGCAACCCAAGCUGUUUUGCGUACAUUGCGACCAAGCACGCGCUACUCUGCCAUAGUGCAGACUUUCAAUUCUGCUGGACCGAGUCCGUCGUCUCAUCAGCUUGACUUCACCACGCUCGAGGAAGAUCUCCCAGUCCCACCUGCCUUCAGCGUCAGCAGCGUCACGUGCUGUUCUGCAACAUUCACCAUAAACGAGAGGAAACGAAGAAGCGUAACACAGUACGUGCUCGACUAUCGGGAACGGGGCGGCUACUGGCGCUCCGUCUACUUCCCCUCGCACACGCACACGCUCUCUCUGGACAGUUUGAGCAGAAUGACGCCGUACGAGGUGGUCCUGUCCGCGUACAACAUGUACGGCCGCGGUGAUCCGUCAGAUCCGGUGCUCUUCGAGACAACGGGAGAGCAGCCCUUGCAACAAAGAACGGGUGAAGGCCCCAAGUACCUUCUCAGCGCUCGAGUCAUUGGCCCUGUGAUUGCAUCACUCUUAAUUAUCUUCACAUCAAUAGUUGUGGCUUGGAUCUUCUACAAGAAGAUCACGUCCCCAGAAAAAGACCCUCCCAUCAUCUACCAAAGUGCGACCCUUCCCAAGCGGAUGUGGCCAGAGCAAGAGUACGCGACCAUCGCCAGGACUACCAUUCGAAGGAGAAUGGAAGAGGCCUACGACGUCCCCUGGGACAUGGAAGACGUCAUUGAACAUCCUCCCAAGGUUGUGGAAGACUGCUAUACGCUGCUGAAGAAGAAGGUGCCGGGCGAGCUGCAAAGGGUUCCUGCAGGCCACUUCCUGCUCGAUGGCCCGUCCUCUUCGAUGCCAGACGAGCCGCCCGUCGAGGAACCGGAAAAAUGAACUUGCAACGCUUCGUGACAUUGUGCUUGCCCAUAACACCGACACCCAACCACCAUCACUUAGUUUUCUACGAAUAUUUCAUAAGCAUCAAUGCGGCAUUAGUCGCCUCCGAUUUUAGCCAUUUCUAUCCUCGGCUACGUAGGUGUGAGUCAGUCGUGAGAACUAUCCGUGCUAACAUGAAUUAGUGCAAAGUAUGACGAGCAUCAUGUGAUCCAUAUUUCUUAAUUAAAAGCAGUAGUCACCAUAACGACAGAGCAAUAGCACACAAUUAGGAGUUAAUUGGCGAUCUCAUCCUGUUUUCUUGAAUUUAAUGUUUGCUUUUGAAUGUGCGAUUACAGUGAUACCUAGUUGAAAAGCUGUUUGCGUGGAUUUGGCAUUUUUCUACCUCUUGCGUUUUACUGUGGUAUUUUUCUAUUCACUUAAAAGCAAGAUAUCUAGAAAUAGGAGAAUACAGUGAUCAAAACUGGUAGAAGAAGACAAAACUGAAAAUUUGAGCAUUUCGUUUAUACUUAGCGUGAUGGCUGCAGGUGGAACAAAAACUUCACGCAAUAAUCCCAAGACACCGGAGUUCAACUUUUCGUGACCUUUUUUGAUUAUUUUGGAAGUUACCAUUAUUCUUACUGCCAAACUGUUCAAAACAACAAUAUUGUUGUAUGAAAAGAGUUGUUAACGUUGGAAAUUUUGUGUAACGCGUAUUAUGUGUUACCAACGCAUUGAGCGAGCUCGUUUCAUGGCUCGAAAUGGGCACAAACAUUUUUAUUACCACUUUGACCCCAUUGCACGUGCAGUACAUACGGUGAAUACGGUUUACCAAUUAACUACCGAAAUUGACGGUUUAAUUGUCACACAAUGCAGAAGUGAUUAGCUUCGAAAUCGAAACAAUCAUCUGAUUUAUUUCUGAUCGCGAACUACGACAGAUCUUAGACCAUGCUUGCUGCCGAAAUUGGUGGAGAACCUACCAGAUCAGAUCUCAUGCCGCAAGACCUGAUACAUUUCCAUUGACGCCUGACGAACAAGAACCUUUCACCGCUAUCGUCUGACAGAAUGUCGAUAGCAUUAAGUUAUUUCUAGUGUAAUGAUUCUGUACUACUCAUUCAAAGGCAGGUAGCACACCCCAGCUCCGAGCCUUGUCAGAAAGGUCUACCUGUUAUAGUACCUGUUUCAGACAGGUGUGAUCGGAACUGCAUACAUCAAACGCGUUUUAUUAUGAACGAAGGCUGGGGACGUGCAAAGAAUACCUUUGAAAGCUGCCGUAUAGUCAGUAUUCUCAAUGUAGUAUUCGCCAGUGUCUGGCACAUAACUCAGACAUCUGAAGAAAAAAAAACGCAUGUAUGUUGUAGCGUUGGUCUAGUGCUCCCACCCUUGAAGAUUCUUUCAUAUAUACUCCAUGCAUUUCGCGUUCCCGCAUACAAAAAUAAAAUAAAAUAAAUUUCAGAUCCCCCGUUUUCCACUCAAUAAUCAACAUUCACUAAUCACUCGCUUCUCAAACACGCCGUCAUUUUGUAGGCUCGUUAUGAAGCUGCAACGAUUGAUGGGAGCCACACACACUCUUAGUGCACCUCAUAACCCACGAAAUUUAUCGCACCGUGUAAGGACGAUGAGAGCGCAAAUUAGGCUACAUAUUUAGCGUGAUCUCAGCUGAGACGUUUAUGCAAAUGAACCUUUGCCGAACUCGAGUAAUGCAGAAACUGUCAGGGCUUCCGAAGAACAAAGGUCGUCUUCUCAUCUCACGCUGCCGUAUUAAAACGGACACGAAUUUUUUCACAGCUUUGCAAGAUUCACCGCUUUUUAUAAUGCUUUUUCAGGCUGUAGAGUUAGACUUUUAUACCAUGUGCGAACUUAUUGUAUAUUCAAGUAAUAUUUAAACAUUUAGGUAGAUAGCUUUUACAAUGACCAAACUGUAUUAGUAAUGUUUUGCAAGCUUAUGGAAUAGGAGUGUUCUUUCAAGCUUUUGUGCAUGUUUCCCAUCGUAAGGUCUCUAACGAAUGUUUAUAUACAAUAACACUUUUAUCUUCCCCGACUAAAAUAAAGACAAUGAUUUCCACUAAGUUAGCCAUGUGCAUGGUAGCCAAAGUCCUAUAGGUAGCCAAAGCGCUUCUUUUCAACUCUCAUAAGCCGAUCUUAAAUAUUUAAGAAAGCUUAAAGGCAUCAGCUAAUGACCUUAUUUACUUUUCUAACAACAUUUGACAUGCACAGUAAACACAUUCAGCAAUAUCAGUCACGAUGUGUACAAGUGGAGACGUAACUUAAUUGGCACGUCAGGCACCGCAUGUUUCAUCAAAUGGCUUGAAACUUAGUGUGCACAUUUGUGCAGGCCUACUGAGUGGGCAGCUGGUGAUUAUUUAACUUAAUUUAUUUUAUAAUACUUCAUCUGCAGUAUUUGUGCAGAAGAUCACUUUGCUGGAUGCACUACCAUAUUCGACGAUUGUUCGAUGUGACGCAUUCCAACACCAACGUGAAAAGUAAUUUUUUUUUCGCUCGAAGCAAAUGUAAACUAAAAGCAAACUGUGCAUGAGUUUGGGGCCUUAUAGCAGAUUCUUUUUAUGCAAGUACUAAGUCUGACUGGUGGCAGAGCAAUUAGAUAAUAUUUACAUACUCAUUAACUUUAAUUACCAUAUGUCACAUGGAAGAACGUUUAUCUUCAUUUUGUUACUUGGAAUGUAAUACUGAUUGUCUGGAAUUAUGCCGCGCGAAUUUGACGCGUUUCCGACAGCGCAUCAUAAUUUGUGACUGAAGGGGUUAGAGGCACUUUAGUAGCUAGCACAAAACUAACUUAUUUUUGAAAUACUUUUUUUUUUGUUUUCUGAAGAAAUGAAAAAAAAUUUAAUGGUUCUUAAAAAAAAGACUCUUUUAAAGCUAUUUUGCUGGUACUUUGCGUGCAAAAUAUAAAUCUAAUUGGAGACAUCAUUAUUUUAUUGAAGCUUUUUAAUGUCACGACUUUAAAAAUAUGAUUGCCAAGUGGUCAAGAAAAUUUUUGUACGGAUAAUAAACUCGCACCAUGUUUUCAAAUUCACUGUUACCGGAGCACCUUAAAGCUCCAAUUAUUAUUUUAUAACCACGUGAACAUAUAUAAGCACCAGGGGAAGAAAGGGAAGUGGGCUAGGAAAUUUAUUUUAAAAUAUCACACACGCACUUGCAUGGACCAGACAAAGACAAAUAGGAAAAAAAUAAAGGGGGGGAACGAAGAAGAAAGCACAGCCCAGUACGUCACAUUGCAUGUGCACUAGAAGAUUCAUACACUUAGUGCAGCAUCACUCAGUUUGUAUUCUCUGGGCGUUAAAUAACUCAAAUGGUGCCUAAUAAUGCAGUGAAAAUACUUAGUGAUUGUGAUUUUACAGCGUUUUAUAUUUCCCGUUCCACGUUGAUCAUAUUACAGCGCUUUGCGAUACCAGUGAAAAGAAAUUGUUAACGCUUUUGUUUUUAUUUUGCUUCAUCAUUUCUCGCAAAUACGUUUUCUUUCAUGAAAUGCUUUUAAGUAACCAUUCGAAUGGACCACCUUUGUCAAGAUUAUAAGAAUAUUACAAAUACAUGCGAUAAGCUGAAGAGAAACAUUUUAGACACAAAUAAAAUUUGCUAUACAUAGGGCAUAUCUCAGUUAGGUACUACUAAGUGGCAUACUUGAUUGUAUGUAACACCUACCGUAAAGGUAGCAAGACACAUUACAUCUACAAACCCGCUCCGUUCUAUUUUUUAUUUGGUCCCUCACCAGAACCUCUGAAAAACUCUCCAAAGCAAACAUGAUAUUGCAUAAUUUUUAUAAAUAUUGAAGUCACUGAUUGGAAAGGGCCACCCAACAUCUAACACCCAAUAUCACACCAUAUAAGGCACCACUUUUUGAAGCAGGGUGUCAAAUCUCGAAAAUCAAUAUGGCUCGCUACUAAGUAUAUAAAUAAUCCCUUGCUGUUAACUAAUCGUAAUAUUUCAGUUUUAGAACUUUAUUUGAAAUGUACUAUAUACUGAGAAUUGCUCUCACCAUUGAAGUUAUAUCUGACGCAAGAGUCGUUCGAUUACUCAAAGGCGUGAUCCAUUGCGAAAUAGUAUGUUGCAUUUAUGUGCGUGUAAAUGUCAAUAAAGAAAAGAUGUGGUAUUGUA